GUUUUUUUUAAAGAAAAAUAUCCUUCCCCCUUUUUCUUUCCUUAUUUUUUUCCCCUUUUGCCUCUCUCUCGCUCCGUCCUUGCAAAAUUGCUGCUGGUGGGGGUAAGGCAGGAAGAAGAUGCCGCAACUCAAUGGCGGUGGAGGGGACGAUUUGGGGGCGAACGACGAAUUGAUCUCUUUUAAAGACGAAGGGGAGCAAGAAGAGAAGAUCUCGGAGAACUCUUCGGCAGAGAGGGAUUUAGCGGACGUCAAGUCUUCUCUGGUCAAUGAAUCAGAAACUAAUCAAAACAGCUCCUCCGACUCGGAGGCGGAGAGGCGGCCUCCACCUAGGUCCGAAAGUUUCAGAGAUAAAUCCAGAGAAAGUUUAGAGGAAGCUGCGAAAAGGCAAGAUGGAGGGUUGUUUAAGGGCCCACCAUACCCUGGGUAUCCCUUUAUUAUGAUUCCCGACCUGAGCGGCCCCUACCUCCCCAAUGGAUCCCUUUCGCCCACGGCGAGAACGUAUCUCCAGAUGAAAUGGCCGUUGCUGGAUGUCCAAGCAGGAAGCCUACAGAGCAGACAAGCCCUUAAAGAUGCCAGGUCCCCAUCUCCAGCUCACAUUGUGUCUAACAAAGUCCCAGUUGUGCAGCACCCACACCAUGUACAUCCUCUUACACCGCUUAUUACAUACAGCAAUGAGCACUUCACGCCAGGGAAUCCUCCUCCACACUUACCAGCCGAUGUAGAUCCCAAAACAGGAAUUCCACGGCCUCCACAUCCUCCAGAUAUAUCUCCUUAUUAUCCACUAUCACCGGGCACUGUAGGGCAAAUUCCCCAUCCGCUAGGAUGGUUAGUACCACAGCAAGGUCAGCCAGUCUAUCCAAUCACAACUGGAGGAUUCCGACAUCCCUAUCCCACUGCUUUAACUGUCAAUGCUUCCAUGUCAAGCUUUAUCUCCUCUAGGUUCCCUCCACACAUGGUCCCUCCACAUCAUAGUUUACAUACAACUGGGAUUCCUCAUCCAGCAAUAGUCACCCCAACAGUCAAACAAGAAUCUUCCCAGAAUGAUGUUGGCUCACUCCAUAGCUCAAAACAUCAGGACUCCAAAAAAGAAGAGGAGAAAAAGAAACCACACAUAAAGAAACCUCUUAAUGCAUUUAUGUUGUAUAUGAAGGAAAUGAGAGCGAAAGUUGUAGCAGAAUGCACGCUGAAAGAGAGUGCUGCCAUCAAUCAGAUUCUUGGUCGAAGGUGGCAUGCACUAUCUAGAGAAGAACAAGCAAAAUAUUAUGAAUUAGCCAGAAAGGAACGACAACUUCACAUGCAGCUUUACCCCGGCUGGUCCGCACGGGAUAACUAUGUAGGUGGCUAUGGAAAGAAGAAGAAGAGGAAAAGGGACAAGCAGCCAGGAGAAACCAAUGAACACAGCGAAUGUUUCCUAAAUCCUUGCCUUUCACUUCCUCCGAUUACAGACCUGAGCGCUCCUAAGAAAUGCCGAGCGCGCUUUGGCCUUGAUCAACAGAAUAACUGGUGCGGUCCCUGCAGGAGAAAAAAAAAGUGCGUUCGCUACAUACAAGGUGAAGGCAGCUGCGUCAGCCCACCCUCUUCAGAUGGAAGCUUACUAGAUUCUCCUCCAUCUUCUCCUAACAUGGUAGCCUCCCCCACAAGAGACUCAAAACUACAGACUGAACAGACUCAGCCUCUCUCGCUCACAUUGAAACCUGAUCCAUUGGCACACCUUUCAAUGAUGCCAACUCAAACAUCCUCCAUAAUCCUGACUGAAAGCUCUACUGGCAAAUCCAAUGGUCUGCCUGCUAGUAAUUGUCAGAACGGGGCACUGGACCAUCAGUCAGCCACUCUACAGCAAUCAGCACCGGCGUCUUCGUUAGCUCAACCAUCAACAUCCUCUUUGCAUUCCCAUAAUUCUUUGGCUGGGACACAACCUCAGCCCCUAUCACUUGUAACUAAGUCUUUAGAAUAGCUUUAGCUUCUGAGUGUUAUUUUUAUUUUUGUGUCAGGAUAUUUUUUUUCUCUCAUUUGUAUUUUUUUUUUAAAAAAGGUGCCAUAUGGCUGGCUACAUUAGUUAAUGUCAAUCAAGUUCAUUGGUCAAUAUUUGACCCAUUGUUAUUUCAUUUCUUUUUUUUAAUAUGUAGAUGGAAAAGAAAGCCUCAUGAUUCUGCCAAAAUUUUUAUCAACAGCUGUCUAAAGUCUUUGUAGCGUUUAAAAUAUUAUAUAUAUAUAUAUAUAUAUAUAUACAUAUAAAUAUAUAUAUACAUAACUGUUAUGUAGUUCCAAUAGUUUAAUUUCAAAGAACUGAUUUUAAAAAUGAAAAAGAAGCAAUUUUGAAGCAGCCUUUGUUGAAGGUGUUGGUUCUUUAUUAUUUGUAUUAAAUACGAGCUUGCGAACCAAUCAUUUUACAUCUGGUUUUUAAAAAUUUUUAAAGGCACAACGAAUGCAGUGCCACUAAUUUUUUUCCCAUUUUUUUUCUUUGUGCGAUACAACUUUUUCUUGUGAUGUUACUUUUUAUUGUUUAAAUGUACAGAAACAAAGGUUAAAAUAUGUUAAUAUGCAUUGUUCCAUGGUGUUGUCCUUUUUGGGGGAGGGAAUGCUACUCAAUUAAAAAGUAUCACAACGCUAUU